AUGAUCGACGGUCUGGACCCGGAAUACCUGGCCACUUGCCCGGCGCCCAAUCUUCAACGGUUCGCCAGCGACGGGUUCCACGUAUCCGGUGGCGGCAUGAUGCCCAGCGUCACGAACGUCAACAACACCACCAUGGUAACCGGGCACUAUCCCGCCCAACAUGGAAUAGUCUCCAACUAUUGGCUGGACCGGCAGGCUGGGAUCGAAGAGUACGUGGAGUCAGGCGAGUUCAUCUGUUCCGAAACCAUCUUCGCCCAGUGUCGGCGGCAAGGCGGCAGGUCAUUGCUCGCGGCCUCCAAGGACAAGCUGAGGCGCCUGUUGGGCGACGACACGGAUCUGGCAUUCUCGUCGGAAAGCCCAACCACCCAAGCGGUGGCCGCCGCCGGAAACCCGCCCGACGUGUAUUCGUUGGAGGUCAACGCCUGGACCAUCAACGCCGCCCGUUCUGCAUUGAACGCGCAACAUUACGAUCUUGCGUUCAUCGCCAGCACCGAUUACGCGAUGCACACGUACGGGCCGGACCACCCAGAAUCGCGCCGGCAUAUAACUAUCCUGGAUGAAGCGCUGGGACAGUUGGUGGCCGACAUCCCCGACAUACAGCUCCUUAUCACGGCGGAUCACGGGAUGUCCGACAAACGACGCAUGCUGCACCUGCCGGCGGUGCUCGCGAAGCGAGGCAUCAAAGCUCGGGCAAUUCCGAUCAUUAAGGAUCACUACGUGGUGCACCAUUCCAACCUCGGAGGGUGCAUCUAUCUCCAUUUGGAGGAUCCAACCGCUCUAUCCGACGCUUUAGGAUUACUCCGGGAAACCGACGGCAUCGAGGAGGCCCUGCCCCGAACCGAAGCGGCCGAACGUUUUUCCCUGAUGGAAGAGCGCAUCGGGGACAUCGUUGUCACCGGGUCCGCAGACGUAGUGUUCGGGGACCCAUCCGAGGUUGCUCUGCCGCCCGGAUUGCGGUCUCACGGGUCCUCUCACGAACGGCAGGUGCCGAUUAUUGGCUACGGUGGCGAUUUUGGCGGGUUCGAGUUUCGGGAAAACCGGGACUUGGGGCGCUACGUAUCCGAACGCGUGCUUGGUUAA